GGAGUUGUGUCUUGGAGAGGGCCAGGAAAGAGUCACACCGGGGGAAGUGUGUCUCUACAUUUAUAAACACAACUACUGCUGCACACUCUGGUAGACUUGUUUACAUGUCAUUGGCCACACAAGUGUGACAGCACUGCAAAAUAUUUUCAUAACCUUGUGACCAUUGUUUUUUCAUAACAAACAUCUAGAUUCGAAAUCUUCACAUAGUGCUUGUUGGGGCCCCUACGGAGUCCAUCUCUUCCUAACAACUGAACAUUGAAUGCUGGUGUGCAGAAAUGUACAACAACAACCACUAUUCUCAGGCAACAUUUGGACUGGAGGCGAAACAAAUCCACAAGGCGAAAGGGAAAAGCUGUGGCUACUACAUGAGGAUCGUGUUCUUCUUCUCUUCUCUGAUCCAGUCGCUCAUCAUUGCCAGUCUGGUUCUUUUCCUCGUCUAUGGCCAGCCAGAGAAGACCGCGGAGGAGAAGAGGGUGGAAGAACUUGAAGUGGCCUUUAACAAACUGUCCACAGAAAACAAUAAACUCAGAAAAGAGAAAGCUGACCUAGCCAGUGCCCUCAAAAUGAAAACAGGAGAGAAGGAUGCAGCGGACAAAGAGAUAACAAAACUAAAAACAGACUUGAAUACAACAACCAUUAAGAACAAACAAUUGCUCAACAGUCUUACAACAUCCAACAGUGACCUCAGUAAAUUAAGGCUUUCAGCCACCCGAAAUAACCCAAUCCAGUGUCCAAUUAGCAGCUCUCAAGGUGGUGAAGUAAAGCCUUUGCAGACUGUUUUGGAGCAGCAGAAAGCUCUGUAUGGAAUCCUUCAGAGCAACUUCAGCCAGACGGUGCAGUACCUUAAAGCUGACUUGGACAUCACAGUCAAGGACAAAAACGACCACCAUAGCAUGGUGAUAAAACUGAGAAAGGACAAUAUAGAUUUAAAAUCUCAGCUUGAUGUUUACACCAAGAAAUGCAAAGAAGAUUUUGCCCAAUCUCUUCAAGGCAUCCAGACAGUCACAAGUUCCUUCCUGAGCAAGAUUGACAACUUCUUCCCCCACUCUUCCACGUUUCAUCUCACCUGCCAGAAACAACAUGAACAGAUGGAGAGGAUUCGCUCCAACUGCUCCAGCCUCUCACGGCAGGUUGAGGACAAGUUCCAGAGCUACCUGGACAAGGUGGGAGAGAAGGUCUCAGACAUUCAGAGGCAGAGCAGUCAACUGGAGGUUAAGAAUGGAUAUCUGACUUCAGAGCUGGACAAGUGCAAAACAGGUCAGAAGGAAGAGGCUGCAGAAAGCAGCAAACAGUUGCAAGACGCCCAACAGAAGUUUGACAGACAAAUGGAGCAGCUUCUAAGGGAUCAAACCAGACUGAGGGAAGCAAAAGAACUACUGAACACCCAGCUUGUCCUGAAGGAUGCCACCAUUAUGUCUUUGCAAAAGGACUGUGUAAAACAGCCCAAACCUGCUGGUCUUCAAGUCCCAAUUACAGCGGGCCUGCAGCCUCCUGCACCAGCUCGGAGCCACUAACUAAAAAAAGUUGGGUGAAGAGAUGGGACUGAUCUGAAUCUCAAGGCCAGACUCUGACUUCGGAGUGUAUAAAGGUUUUACGUGUGGACGUUUCCUGAUUUGGAGCCUGUGAUCUCUUGUGUAAAUAAUGCAGUAACUGUGGAUUACUGUAAAUGUACAUGCACUAAAAAUAUUUUGUUCAUUGUAUAUUUUUAUUUAAGUGUCAGGGGCUGUGAACUUGAUACAAAGUACUUUUGUGGUCUUAUUUAGCUGUUGAGUAGUGCAGAUAUAAAAACAAAUAUGAGCUGCCUGAAACAAUAUUAAAUAGAAGACUGCCGUUCCUACAAGCACAAAUUUAUCAUUAAACACAGAAAGUUGUGAUUCUGCCAACAACUCCUAGAAAAGAAAAUAUUAAGAUCUAUGCAUUAUAAGAAUUGUGUUUCAGCUAUUAUUGUAAUUGUAAUAUCUGCUGGUUUUAAUGUCUUUUUUAACUGUUAUCUUCCAAAUAAUUGGUCCUUGUUCAUAUGUUGAUUUGAGUAUUUUGAAUAAAUAAGCCUAAUAAAAACAUUUUUCAUGCAACUUUAUGAACUAUACAGUAGGAAUA